UAUACAGCAAGCAGCAGCCGCAGUUGCAGGAGGACGUACAGAAGAAAUGCGUGACACCAUGGCGACAGACACACUGUCCCACAGCAGGGUGACACUGUCCCACAGCAGGGUGACAGUGACAGAUGUGGAAGAGUUCCUCAAAAACCCUCCAGAUAGUUUCUCUGUGGAGGUUCUCGCCUCGGGAUACCGAGUCCACAGCGACCCGGAGAAGAGCCUGGUGCUCAUCGAUGACUUCGACUCCGACAAAGGGAAAAUAGUUUUCUCCAAGUCGAUGGGAAGAAAAGUUAAAAUGCGAAAUUUAUGGGAGUACACCAGCAUGAGAAAGAGCCUGCUGUCCAAGAGGGUUUAUCUUCUGAUGUCUGCCUGCGAAGAAAACAACUUUUCAGCGACCGACAAAAAGGCAGACAAUGAAGCCACAGUGCUGAAGCAGUUUGUGGUGUCCGUCUACGGCAACGAUCCUUUCAUCAAGUGGCAGAUAGAGAGAGGCCUGGACUGGACUAUCUCCUCUGUUGCUGGAGAAAGCUACAGGGUGGAUAUUGACUUGACUGAACUAAUGGAGAGCUGGGCAGGAAAAAACUUCAACAUUACAACUGAUAAACUAACACAAGUUAAACCUCUGUGGAGAGACGCCUCCUUCACCCUCAAAUACUACUCUGAUGCCCUCUUUGACUUCCCACACUGGUUUGGGUUCAGCAAAAGACAAUUUAAUUUAAGACUGACAUGAGUCAGCAGUGCAUUGAGAGCAAGAAAAAUGGAGUUUAUCCAGGAGGAGUCUGCUUCCUCAAGAACGUUUCUUCAUCAACAGAGGAAUGUACGCCAGGUGAAGGACCAGCAUUUUCUCUUGGGACUGCAGGAAGUACCUUAUAAUCGCUUUUGGGUCCAGAUACUUCUUCUGUUCAGUGGGUGGAAACCACUGACAAGGACUAACAAGAAAUAUCUGAAUGCUAUGAAGAUUAUUUAGGCAAAUUAUUUGUCUAAAUGUAUUUGUUUUUUGUGUGUGCUAGUACUUUUUUAUUAUUCGUCCCUUUAAUUAUGGGGUUUCUUUUAGGAAGUUUUUCCUUGUGCGAUGCGAGGGU